GGGCCGUAAGAAGACAGAGAGAGAGAGACAGAGAGAGAGAGUGAGAGAGAGAGAGAGAGAGAAAGAUAGACAGAGAGAGUGAGAGAGAGAGGCGAGCGAUGAGGACGCGAACACGAGAGACAGUUUGUUCGCUCUCUUCGAGCCGUAUAAAUACGAGCGGGCCCGUUCUCUCUGGUUUAGUCGCCGCGAUACACGAUUCUCGUAACGUUCGUCGUUUCGUCUGUAAGCGCGAAAGAAAAUACGUGAACGAGAUAAUAUCAUCCGACGUCGUCAUCAUCGUUGUCAUUGUCCUCGUUGUUUUCGUUGUCGUCGUCGUCGUGAUGAUAGUGUUAAUGGUGCAUGUGAUGGUGUCGUUUUAAUCAUCGAGUGUGCCGCGAAUUCGAUAUAAACGAACGAACGAACGAACAGAAAUAAAAUCGAUCUGAGAAAAUCGAACGAAAGAAAAAGGAUGAAAUAAAAUGAAAUGGAAUGAAAUGAAAUGAAAUAAGCAAAGAAAACGUUUGUGUAUAUAUAAUACGGUAAUUAUCCGUAUUAUGGAAAGCAAGAUGUACAUUAAAGACGAAAACGAAGAAGAGGUGAUAGAAUAUAAUUUGAAGAGUAAAAAGAACGGACAACAAAAACAACAACAACAAGUCACGAUGAAAUACGCUUCGACUAAUUCGAUACCAUCGACUAUGGAAGAGGAAAAUGAAAAUACGUUCGACAGAAGGAUUAUGGGUGAAAGAUUUGCCGGUGUUAGAUCGGCGACAUCGGCGACCAUCUUGAAAGAGAGUACUACUACUGGUAUUACUACUACUACUACUACCAAUACUAAUCCGAAUACAUUGUCAGCUGUUAAAAGUAGAAGGUACAGUGUACUUGAGGAUUUGAAAGCACGUAGGGAUAGUCUUUGGCAAAGAGCACGGCGUACAAGUACCUUCGACGAAAAAGAGAAUGCGAAGCAACAGAAAAUCGUUUACGGUAAAGAAAAGAGAAGGAGUAGCGACGGUGGCGCCGCCAGAAGAGGAUCAGUUUUUUAUGUUACCGAAGAUUUACUCGAAGAGAAACAGGAUGUUAUGGUGAACGAGGAAAAGGAAAGGGCAGCUAUAAUCGAGGCUAAAAAGGGACGAAGAAAGUCUUGGCAUCCGCUUGCCGGUGUUAAACCAUCGAAAUCUGAAAGAAAAAGGAAGAAGGCCGUUGUCGGUGCACCUCCCGUUGAACAGGUCGCCAGCGCCGAAGCACUUUAUACCCAUACGAGACAGAAGAGACCGUCUUGGUGGAAUAUAUUUGUACCUGAUUCAGUUUCCAGGUCCAGGCGAAUGUCCCAAGAUGUCACACAUUCGAGAUCUACGGAGAGUCUUAUAGGGACUUACACCAGGAGUAAAAGCCGUAGCGUGGAUCACGGAUUCACAGCGCCAUUCGAUUUGGAUACUUUGAGGAACAAGGUCGAAGGAAGAUUCGAAUCCGUCGACAAGCUAUCAAAAGAUUCCGAUAAUGAAAGCAAAGAUGGUUCUACGUCGCAGGAAAAAAAGCAUGGUCGCAUUUCUCAACCUAACAACACUAUCGCCUAUACGGUGGGCGACAGAGAUACGCUUACGUCAGUGGCAGCCAGAUUCGACACCACACCCUCCGAGCUGAGUAAACUCAACAGGCUCGGUAGUACCUUUAUCUAUCCAGGACAGCAAUUAUGGGUUCCAAACAAAGGAGAAGGCCGUGCUGGAGGCGGUACUACCACAACAGACGCACCCAGUCCAGAUCCUCCACAGGAUCACGACUCACAGGACGAUUUACCACCGGAAGAGAAAGAACUUCUAGAUAAUUUGCGACCUGUAUCACCAAAGCCCGGCCACAUUGAAAGAGUGAAGACUCCUCUUGGAAGCGGAAAUGCUGUUAUGGAAGAUGAUGAACAACCAUUUAAAGAACGGUUUUUGAAAAUCAACGUACGUCAUAUUACAGACGGACAGGGUGUGGUAGGUGGUGUAUUAUUGGUUACACCAAAUGCAGUAAUGUUUGAUCCAAAUGUCUCGGAUCCUCUUGUCAUUGAACAUGGUGCUGAAUCUUAUGGAGUUAUCGCUCCAAUGGAAUUUGUAGUCAAUGCUGCGAUAUAUUAUGAUAUUGCUCAUAUGCGAGUAGGGCAUACAAAAUCUGGGAAUCUAGACAAAAAACCUGAUAUAUAUUAUAUGAAGAAACCUUCUCAAGGUGAUAGUCAGAAAUCUCAGUCACCAGGCAAAGAUGAAACUUUUCCUGAAUUGGCAGGUGACGAUAAUGAAAGUGUAUGCAGUUGUGCGGAAAGAGAAGGCGAUGCAUUCCCGAAAGCUUUCGAUAGAGAACUCGUAACACCUACCAAUCUACAAAAUGAGGAUAAUUUAGCCACAACCAAAGAGAAGGAAGAAAAAGAGAAAGAUAGUACUGAAAAAGAACCAUGUGUUGGUGGUGGUCAAGCAAGUAGAACAUUAGAAGAACGUAGGAGAUCGAUGUUAGACCAUCAUUGGGCAGUUCCUAGUAAAGAUCGAAGUACGUUUUCGGUUGACGACGAACAACAAGAUUCUUUGAAUUCUGAUAAGACAGAAUCAGCAAAAUCCAAUGCCAUUCCUGAAGAUGAAGAAGGAUCUCUAGUCAAAUUAUCGUGCCAUGAUUCUGGCAUAGAUAUACGUGAUCCUAACCCACCGCUUCCAAUUGUUCAACCUAUGCCAUCUAAGAAAGUAUAUUCUGAUGCAGACAUUGUUUUGUCUUCAGAUUGGGUCCCACCAAUAACAAUAGCUCCAACUAAUAUCACAACUAGUUCAUUAGAUAGCGGUCCUAGCAUCAAUGGUAGAAAGAAAGCUAGUUCAGUAUCAUUUAGUUUAGAUAGUAAUAAUGAAGAACCUGAAAAAGAUGAAGAACAUAAGGAUGAUGAUAAACAAGAAUCUAGAAGAAAUAAGAUGUUAAAACGUUUAUCUUACCCGUUGUCAUGGGUUGGGAUGGAAGGACUCACAGGUGACCGAGAGGAAGAAAAUAAAUCCGUUUCUGACAGAGUUUCAAGCUUGCCAAAUAGUGCUGAUUCCCAUCAUUCAUCUGUCUUCAGUAAAGUCUUCUCAAGCUCGCCGAUCAACCUGGUGAGUGACUUUAGCUCGGGCCUCUUUGCUAAAACUCCCAGCGAAGAGAGUGGUGGGGGCGGUAGAGCUGGAGGAACUCCUCCGCUUAUCGCCUCCUCUCUCUCCCAGGACUCCAGCAAUGCCCAAUUUUCACCAGGUCCAGGAGGCCUAAUUGGGCGUUCUUCCGUGGGUACUUUCAUCAGACAACAACCUCUAACAUCCUCAGGUAGUAGCAGCGUUGAUAGUAAUCGUGGAAGUAAAACUUUAACGCAAGCACCACGACUGGAUUAUCGCAGUAUGGUUUCCGUUGAGGAUAUGCCAGGACUGUUCGUCAGUUUUGACAUCCAAGCACCUAAUUUUCCUGAACUUGAAGGCCUCGAACUGAUACCACGACCAGCACGAUCUUGUGAAGAUCCUCCAUUGUAUCUGAGACUACGAACUGGUAGACCUAAAGAUAAAAAAAUACCACGAUCUACGCCUAUUAUGAGUUAUGGGAAAAAGAAACUGCGUCCUGAAUAUUGGUUCAGCGUUCCACGUAAUAGGGUCGAUGAUCUUUAUAGGUUUAUUCACGCGUGGGUGCCUAACCUUUACGGUGAACUCGAUGAAAAUUAUUGGAGGGAACGUGGAUAUAUUCUAUCUGACACCGACACAGAUUUAUCGCCAGAAUUGACACCACAGGAAUCUGGCGAAAGUGGAGAAUCAACUGAGGAGGGAAAGGCACGCAAUCAAGAUGGCGAUGAGAUAUCAGAAUUAACGAGAGAAUCCUGGGAGCUGAUCAAGGCCCCCUACGUAAAGCUGUACACCAUCCUGAAGACAUCGAGCACUUCGGCUGAUUCCGAACAGGCCCAGGACCCGGAGGUGUUGUCUAUGAGCGAGGAGCUUAGAAGAGCUCUAUAUGCAAAUAGCGCAGUUUCAUUGGACAACGACAUAAUUAUACCAGAUCUUGUUGGUACAACGGAGAUUCUCAGCGACGAACACAGAGAACACUUAUGCAGGCAUUUACCAGCGAGAGCGGAAGGCUACUUUUGGACGUUGGUAUUCAGUACGAGCCAACAUGGCUUUAGUCUGAACAGUAUGUACAGAAAAAUGGGCAAAAUUGAGAGCCCAAUUCUGCUCGUUAUCGAGGACACCGAGGGUAACGUGUUCGGAGCAUUGACCUCGUGUGCUCUACACGUGAGCGAUCACUUCUAUGGUACCGGCGAGUCCUUACUCUUUAGGUUCACACCAAGGUUCCAAGCUUUCAAUUGGACCGGUGACAAUCUUUACUUCAUCAAAGGCAACAAUGAGAGCCUUGCCAUAGGUGCCGGAGAUGGUAAAUUUGGUCUCUGGCUUGACGGUGAUCUCUAUCAAGGAAGGACGCAAACAUGUAGAACGUAUGGGAAUGAGCCAUUGGCGCCACAUGAAGACUUCGUAGUUAAAACACUGGAAUGUUGGGCGUUUAUAUAGGAUUCGGCCUCAUAUUAUUCAUCCGCUACCUUGCCCCCCACACUGCAGCCUAAUUUGACCUGAAUCUGACUACCUCUCUCCACCAGUAAUAUCCAAAUCUCUAAGGAGAGAUCAUAAAGAAGAGGACACGAUAAAUAAAUGAAGAAUUAAUUUUUUGAAGGAAAACAACAACAACAUAAAAUAAAAUAAACACCAAUACCAACACAACAACAACAACAAUAACAAUAACAACAACAAAGAGACCAUACUUUUGCCCGAAGAGAUUAAAAUAUUGAUAAUCUUUGAUUGUCGUUAACUCAAUUACACAUAGUCGAGAGUAAUUUAACAAAGGAAACAAACCAAUAAUAAUAAUAAUAAUAAUUAACAAACAAGUAUAUAAGAAAAAGAGAGAGGGAGAGAGAGAGAGAGAGAGAAAGAGAGAGUAGAAAGGAAAUAUAAUAAAAAUAUUGAGUUCGAUCGGAUGGAUUAAAAAAUCCGCGUGUCUUCUUUGAAAAUUCAAAGGAUUCUUGUAAAUCCGUUGUAAUAAUAAUAAUAAGAGAAAUAAGAAAGAGAUACAGAUUUUAUUUUAGAGCUGCCGAAUAAUAAUGACGAUGAUAUGUGAUGGUAGUAGAGAAUUAAGAAAAUGGAGGUUUUGAAAGAGAAAAUUAUAAAAGAAAAGAGGCUCACGAAUUCUCAGAAACGUAGCGUCAGAGUCUUAACUCCACGGACUAUGUAGCUAUCGGUUAUUUUAUUAUUAAUAUUAUUACUAUUAUUAUAUUAUUACUAUUAUUAUUAUGAUUAUGAUUGAUUAUUAAUAUUAUUACGUUAA